CAAAAAUCGACAUCAUUCCUAGAUUGUUUAUUAAACUAAAGACAAAAUAUAAAAUGAAAUUAAUUUACUUAUUGGUCAUUUGCGCUGUCUAUAUGGCGGCCAUGGUAGCUACAAAGGACAACGACUUUAAGCUGAAAUUACCUCCACCAGAACCGAAAAAUUUGCCCCAAUUGAGCGGUGGUGGUGGCGGCUCUCGUAAACAAGGAUUUGAUGUAAGCUUGGAUGCUAGCCAAAAGGUUUGGGAAAGUCAAAAUAAACGUCAUUCAGUUGAUGCCUCCGUUGGCUAUUCGCAACAUUUGGGUGGACCCUAUGGCAACAGUCGUCCAGAAUAUCGUGGUGGUGUUGGUUACACUUAUAGAUUUGGCAAAAAGUGAUUUAUAAAUCUUGUAAUAGAAAUGGUUUCCUGGUAUUUAAGUUAUAAAGAAAAAAGUUGAACAUUGAUAGUUUUUAACAAUAAAAAUGAUUAGAAUCCCACAAA